UAACCAACCUAACCUCAAUUCUUGAUCCAACAACUGUGUGUCAAAUAUUUAAUUUUUGCUUAAAAUAUAUACUUUUAUUCGGAUACCAAACGCAAUUUGGUUGAGAUGAUAACGUAAUUCACAAACAGUGACCGAAGUGAGGGUGCACAAAUAAAUAUUCCUAAGGACUCCAAGUGAUAUCGUUGGAUGUUCAAUCAAAAUGGUUCAUUUAAAUGAGAAAUUCGCUGAUCCUCUGAAUACGCCAAAUAAAAACAGAAAAUACAUCUUCAUACCUCUGCUGAUAUUCGUGACGCUGUCAUCUCUCGUUUUCUCGAUAUUACAAGUGAAGAACCUGCAAUGGGAGGACAAGAUAUCGUUGGAAACUGGCCUGAUGCUGUUCGUAUACGGCCUGAUCUUCUUCACUGCCUCUUUCGAGGCCUCAAAUCAUUUAUUCUUCUACACCGAUACGGGCAAGAUGUUGAUCAAGAAGUUUGGACUGACACAGGGUUUCGUCAUGGAGAUUAGCAACAAAAACGUAUCUGCCAUACAAGCCUUAUUCUGCUGCAUAACCGGAUUGACAUCGACGUGUUACUCCUGCACAAGGGAUAUGCUCAAGACUUCCCAUUACAUUUCCGAGGCGUACGCGUGGUUCGGCGCGGCCUACUUUUUAUACGACAUAUGGUCGAUGUACAAGGUCCAGAUCGUGGUGGACGAGGAAAACCUCAAGGAUAAAGUGGCCAAUGGGAAGGUUAAGAAUGGCCUAACCCACGAAACUGCCGAGGACGUUGGUGCUGACUCCCCCGGAGCCUUAUCGAAAUUUUGGAAUUUCGUGAAGACCAACCCGGUGAUUGUGGGACACCAUGUAUUCGUAGGAGGUUUCGGAUUUCUAGUCAUAACUUAUUUGAGGGGUGGUUUGGGUGACUGUUUCUUCGGUUUCGUGUUCCUGAUGGAGGCAAGCACCCCUUUCGUUUCGAUGAGGUCGAUCAUAUCGAAGAUGGGUUUCAAGAACUCGAGGUUUUAUGUCAUUAACGGACUGUUCAUGAUGAUUUCGUUCUUCGUGUUCAGAGUAUUGAUGUGGCCCCUCGUCAUGCUGCUCUACGCCUAUUCCGUGGACAAGGGCUAUUUAGAAGCAAUAUACUCCCUGCCGAGGGGCUGCAAGAUAAGUAUUUUAAUUCUGAUGUUACCGCAAUUAUAUUGGUUCUUCCUAAUUGUCAAAGGUGCGACGCAAUUAGGAAUGGCCAAGAGAAAGAAGAAAAAGGCCAUGUGAGAUAAAUCGAGCACAAAGAGAGUUCAAUUUACCUGUCGAGAUGAAAAAAUACCUUGAUUUCCCGCACAAGAGAUUAAAGUGGUAAGACGAGCAGAUUAACCUAAAAAAUAUAUCUAUUUAUGGAUGUCUAUCUAUAUUUAUUGAUGUCGCUUCGAUGAACGAGAAGUUUUCUUCGCUUAGAAUAUUUCAAGCGAACCAAUAUCACAUGAAAUCUCAUCAAAAUUUCUCCGAAUUACACAACUACAUGAAUGGACUGACAUUUAUCGUUAUUUUGAUAGUUGUUCUUGAAAAAUAUGGCUUUAAGUCGAAAGUUUCGUUGUUAAUUUCAUCUCAUGUUAAGGGAUUAAAUUGUGAAUUCUAACGUGUAAAAUGCUGUGAAUAUAUAUAUAAUAUUUAUUUAUUAGUGAGGGUUGUUCUGAGUUUGAAGGAAAAGUAGUCGAAAAAUUGUCGAAACUAUAGUUUUUAUAACAAACUUUUGAAUUAUCAGUGACCAAUUUCUGUUUCAUAUAAAGUAACCAAAAGAGAUAUUCUAUUUAUAAUAUGUCAUCAGAAAACUUUAUAUGUAAUUGGGGGUAAUAUAUACAUGUCAUCAAAAAAAUAUAUAUCUUGUACGUAAUGUUUAGGACAUAGUGAAAAUCUGAACGUUUGUAAAAUAUCCAAAUUUAUCGGAAUAUCUUUUUUCGAUGGAAUGUUUUCGAGCGUGCCAAACAUUCCAUUACAAUGUGUGGUGCCUUUAUGUCCAUCUUUUCACUUCAUUUUAGAUUGGAUAGAUUAUUUCAUUUCAUGAAACUGUUGGUAGUACCUGUAUCAAUAACUAACCUCAACCAAGGAUACCAGUAAAGGUCUAUAUUCGGCAUAUUACUCGUAUGAGGCUAUAUUAUCACUUAGAGAUUAUUUUAUGAAAGGAACCUAAUCAGGGUAUGAAAUAUCUGAGAGAUAUUCCGAACGUAGACCCUUCUGUUUUGAACAACAGUCCGUUAGGCAGGUUAAAUUGUGUGAAAUUUUAUAGUAUUAUCUAGUAUUUCCUAAUUUAUUUUUUGAAUAGAAACGAAAACGAAAUCAUGCAAUGACUGCUAGGAUAAGAAAGAUAUUUUGAAUAGUCACUUUACACAAAUCUUAUAGCAAUUUUGAUUUUGUACCUUCGCGGACAAAGUACAGCAACAAAGUUUAAUCGUAUGCCAACUAUAUGUAAUUUAUUGUACAACAUUCGUUCAUGUAUGUGACUGAAUAUAACAGUUUGUCAAUAAAAAGUUGUUUCAAAAAAGAA